ACCGGUUGUCCUGUCAUCUAGGAAUAGCUGCUGUUUGCCUCACUCUCCCAGGGAUAGAUUUUGUUUGGCCGCUGGCGCAUUCUCUCCCAGGUUGCGUCGCGCAUGCGCGGCAGGAACCCGGUGGCCGCUAUGACACAGGCUGAAAAGGGAGAACCGGAGAACGGCAGGGAGAAAGAGAAGGAGCAGCGCGGGGUGAAGCGGCCUAUAGUGCCGGCAGCCAUUCCCGAGCCCCUGCAGGAGCAUAUACAAUGCGACUAUGUUGUAGUCAUACACCCUGGAUCCAACACCUUGCGUAUCGGCAGAGCUACAGACACUCACCCGGCAGCCAUCCCUCAUGUCAUCGCCAGAAGGCACAAGCAGCCGGGACAGCCUCCCUCCUGUGACAAGUGGCUUCUCAGGGACGGAUUGAAUAAGCCAGAAAGCAAUGAACAAAGACAGAAUGGAAUCAAAAUGGUGGAUCAAGCCAUCUGGUCCAAAAAGAUGUCCAAUGGGACCAGACGAAUCCCUGCGAUGCCAGAGCAGGCCAGAGCCCACAAUAAACAGAUAAGACCUGCGAUAUUAGAUCAUGAUUCUGGAGUGAAAUGGACCAGUACCUCUCACAAUGAAGAAUACUUUGUAGGAGAAGAGGCAUUAUUUGUGAAUCCAGCUGAUCGGUAUGAUAUUCAUUAUCCCAUGCGGCGAGGCCAACUCAAUAUUCAUGAUGGACCUGGAGGGUCUCUCACUGCUGUGCUCACAGACCUAGAAGUUAUCUGGUCACACGUCAUACAAAAGUUCUUGGAAAUACAACUGAAAGACUUGAAGUAUUACCGAUGUAUAUUACUCAUCCCUGACAUAUAUAACAGACAGCAUGUGAAGGAAAUGGUCAACAUGAUCCUGACGAAGAUGGGAUUUUCAGGUGUGAUCGUCCAUCAGGAGUCCGUCUGCGCUGUGUAUGGAAGUGGUCUGACAAGUGCAUGUGUUGUGGAUGUUGGAGAUCAAAAGACCAGCAUUUGCUGUGUUGAAGAUGGUAUAUCUCAUCGAAACACCAGACUUUGUCUUGCCUAUGGUGGCUGUGAUGUCACCCGCUGCUUCUUCUGGCUUAUGCAGAGAGCAGGGUUUCCUUACCGGGAGUGUCAGCUGACUAAUAGACUGGACUGCCUUCUCUUACAGCAGCUUAAGGAGACUUACACUCAUCUGGACCAGGACAUUAGUGGACUGCAGGAUCAUGAGUUGCAGGUGCGGCAUCCAGAUUCUCCAGCCUUGUUGUACCAAAUGAGACUGGGAGAUGAAAAACUUCAGGCUCCUAUGGCUCUCUUCUAUCCAGCCACAUUUGGAAUUGUCGGUCAGAAAAUGACUUCUUUACAGCACAGAUCACCAGGAGACCCAGAAGAUCCUCACGAUGAGCAUUAUCUACUAGCAACACAAAGCAAACAGGAUCAGUCAUCCAAGGCAGCUGCCGACCGGAGAGCCUUUCCCAAACCAAGCAUGUUUGAUGACGCGCGGAGCCAGGCCAUGGACGUUUCAGAAAGAGGACACAUGAUGGAAGCAGAGCUUGGACCCUCUCAGGGUGAUGGCAUGGGGCAUGGCCAUGAUGGGGAGGAGAGCUCUGCCAGUUUAUUCUCCAGGAAAACAAUGGUAUCUCAGUUUGAAGGGAAAGCACUGGGCCUGGACAAGGCAAUUCUUCAUAGCAUUGACUGCUGCACCUCCGAUGAUACAAAAAAGAAGAUGUACAGCUCCAUCUUGGUGGUCGGAGGGGGGCUAAUGUUCCCCAAGGCCCAGCAGUUUCUGCAACAUCGAAUCCUCAAUAAGAUGCCUCCGUCAUUCAGAAGAGUGGUUGAAAAUGUAGAAGUGAUAACAAGACCAAAAGAUAUGGACCCGCGACUGAUCGCAUGGAAAGGAGGCGCAGUCCUUGCUUGUCUUGACACAACACAGGAACUUUGGAUCUACCAGCGGGAAUGGCAGAGGUUCGGAGUGCGCAUGUUACGGGAAAGAGCCGCAUUUGUUUGGUGAAAUAAAUGGACUUUUUCUGUUGUAAAUUUGGUUGUGGAUAAUCCCUUAAAUGACUGGAUAUCUUACCGUCACAAAACCUGGCUAAUAUGUACCAGCCUGCCUGCACUGUUGUGAGAGAGAGAGAUGUAUAGGAAAACGAUGAAUGCAGAAUUUAUGAGCACUAUAUUAUUUUUGACGUAAAAUACUUUGGCGCUAAAGAAAAUAAACCAAUGUUUACAUAA